GGAGAGUGAGAGAAGGAUGAUUGGAGUUUAGGAGGGCAGAAUGAAAGAGAGAUUGAGAAUGUGUGCUAGACUGCGUUGAUACAUGGGAACAGGCUGCUUAUCUCCGUUUGUCCCCCUGUCAGUCAUCCUGAGGCGCACACGCAUACACUUCGGAAAGCUGGAGGCUCCGUUUGAAAAGGUGGUGAUUAACCCCUUCCCCCUCGUUCCUCCUCCUCUGUCUCUCCCGCCGUCUGGUUCUUCUACCUGCACUCGUCUGGACUCGUUCGUUGAGUAGAGACACAGAAGGACAGGAAGGAAGAGAGAUGAGAGAGAAGGAAGGGAGUGUAAGACCAAGACGGUGAAAAUCGUUCUCUGUGGAGUAUGGUGAAAAUCCAGGCGGUAUUUGGACACCUGUGGAACACAGUUUUGGAUAUACUAGUGUGAAUUGAUUGGACAACUGAAAUGAACUGACUAGAUUGGAUUCUCUCGAGUUUAACCAGCAUUUCGACACUAUGUCUAAACCUUCACGACUUGCUCGCCCAUCCUCUGCGGGUCCUGGCUCCAAACUUCCCUCACCUCGUCGGGAUACACCUGCCAGCCGACCCAGAAUGCACAGCAUGGGGGAGAAGGUGAUGCGGAGGGGAAGCGAGGGCAAUAUACCUGGCCAGAGGCCUCCUAUCAAUGGAACAACACAUUCGCAGAUCCCAAAAAACAAAGAGGAUGAGAUGAGCCAGCCAAGGAGCAAAAUCAGUCCACCUAAAGGGACCGCAGCAGUCACACAUCCCAAACCUCUGAAGGGGAAUCUAAAGGUGACUUCCAGUGAAGACUCUGAGCACCUGACCCGUAAACAACAGGCUGUCUCCGCUAACAGCCCUGGUAACCGCUGUGAGGCCAAAUCCAGCCGCGCAGGGGUUCUACGAAGACACACGGUGGGUGGAGCACGCAGCUCACAGGAGAUCCUGGCCAUGCAGCCAUCCGAUAUGGAUAAAAAACGAGAGGCCUUUUUGGAACAUCUGAAGCAGAAAUACCCACACCACGCCUCCGCCAUCAUGGGCCACCAGGACAGACUCCGAGAACAGUUAUUUCAGGGGAUGUUGUCCGCUCUGCACUCUGAGAUAGAUAUUCAAAGAUAUCUGCUGAAAAUCCAGAACGUUGGUUCACGCAGAGUCAGUACAAGCACGGAUGAAAGAGUAUUGUAUCUGCAGUAUGGAGAUGACACAAAGCAGAUACGCAUGCCUAAUGAGAUAACAAGUGUGGAUACAAUCAGAGCUCUGUUCGUUAGUGCCUUCACUCAUCAGCUCAACAUGAAGAUGCUGGAGUCGCCCAGCACCGCCAUCUAUGUGAAAGAUGAGACUAGAAACGUGUACUAUGAACUCACUGAUGUCAGGCCUGCUUCCUCUAGUUCUGUGACAUAG